AUGGACACCAGCCCCCAGCCUUCACAGGAAGGAGCUCCAACUUGCUCCUUCCUCCUCAGAGCUGUUGGGCUUUUCACCGGGGACAUGCACCUCUGUGGAGAGUGGGUGAAAAGGCAGGCUGUGGUAAUCCAGCUGCUGGACUGGAUUUUCCGAGGGGUGGCCCAGGUCAUGUUCGUCAACAACCCUCUCAGUGGGAUCCUCAUCACAGCCGGCCUCUUCCUGCAGAACCCUUGGUGGGCUCUGAAUGGUCUGCUUGGUACCUUUGUCUCCACUGUGUCGGCCAUUUUGCUGGGACAGAACAGGGAAGCCAUAUCAGUGGGUUUAUACGGCUACAAUGGAACCUUGAUCGGCAUGCUGAUGGCAGUUUUCUCCACCAAAGGAAGCUGGUACUGGUGGCUGUUAUUGCCAAAUAUGUUCAUGUCCAUGAUGAGCCCGAUUGUCUCCAGUGCUUUGUCCUCAGUUGCCAGCAAAUGGGACCUCCCGAUAUUCACCCUGCCCUUUAAUAUUUUGGUGUGUCUACAUGUUGCAGCCACAGGAGCCAAUCACCCCUACUUUCCACAGGUGGAUAUCCAGCCAAAUGACCAUCUGCACACUGCUAAUGAAAGCCUGAAGAUCUCUCAACUCUUCCUGUCAGUGCCAGUUGGUGUUGGCCAGGUGUACGGCUGCGACAGUCCUUGGACAGGAGGUCUCAUCCUUCUGGCCCUGCUGCUGUCCUCGCCAACUAUCUGUUUCCAUGCCAUGUGGGGCUCUGCUGCUGGCAUGUUGUCCGGAAUUGCUCUUGCGGCCCCUCACAAGGACAUUUACUCCGGGCUGUGGGGAUAUAACAGCACUCUAUCCUGCAUUGCCAUCGGAGGGGUCUUCUAUGUCAUAACCUGGCAAACCCAUCUACUGGCUCUACUAUGUGCACUUUUCUGCGCAUACAUGACUGCAGCCAUAUCAAAACUGAUGUCCGUGCUUGCAUUACCAGCCUGCACGUGGCCUUUCUGCCUGUCGACUCUCAUCUUCCUCCUCAUUUCCUCUGAGAUCCCAGCCAUCUGCAGACUACCUCUGUCUGCGGUCUCCUACCCCGAGGAAAACCGGCGCUACCAGAGACAAUUAAAGGCCUCAGAAGAAGCUCAGCUCAGUCAGCAGAGCAGCGGCCAAGAAGAGGCUGAAGAAGAGCAGAGGACCGAAUGUCCAGUUGGUAGUGGACGGGAGCUGCUGUGAAUCUGAGUGUCAUUAGAGGAGGUGCUCUAACUCUGAGUGUGGGAUUGUGGGAUUAUCUGAAUGGUAUGGUGAUGUACAGUCUUGGUAUUUCAUCUCUUACAUAACAGUAUCUGUUAUAUAAAAUGGCUGGCAUUGUAGUGAAAAAUGUUUUCUAAAUGGCAAACAUUUUCUGAUUCAGUAAAGCUAUUUUGACAGCAGAGG